GCCAGACGGAUGCAAUGCCAUUUCCAAGUAGCAUGACAGAAGCGAGCGCGGGCGUGCUGCGGUCCGCCGACCUCUUUGCGCUUCUCGCUUCGUACCAAGAUGGCGUCAUCGAAGACGUGCUACGCUUCCGCGUCUUCACCGAGGCCGACUGCGACCGCCUCGUCGGCGGCGACAUGCCCACGACGCUCCUUCCGUUCCUACGCUCGGUCGAGGCCGCGCUUGCACCUUGGUACGCAGACGUUGGCACUUCUCGCUUGCACUCCGUUCUUCGGGACGCACCGCCGAUGCGCUACAUGGCGCUGUACCACGCAGCGUACGCCGACCGCGUCGACAUUGCCGCGUUGGUCCACGCCCAUUAUCGCAUGGAGUCGUCGUGCGACCACCUGCUGGACCUCGCCGCGCUGCGCGGCAGCCUCGCGACGCUUCAAUUCCUGCUCGCCAAUGGGUACAGUGGCCUCACGGGGCACGCGCUCGACCUUGCGGCGCGACAGGGCCACUUGGACGUUGCCGAGCACCUCACUGACCACACGGAGGUUGUCGGCUCGACGCGCGCGAUGGACGGUGCGGCUUCCGAAGGACACUUGGCCGUCGUUCAAUACCUCCACGCACGCCGCAGCGAAGGGGCCACGGUCGCAGCCCUCGACGGCGCCGCCGCCAACGGGCACUUGGCGAUCGUGGUCUUUCUGCACGAGAAGCGAGCGUAUGGCGCAACCCGCGGCGCCAUCGACCGCGCGGCGCUACGUGGGCACUUGGAUGUCGUUCGAUACCUCGCGACACGUCGCAGCGAAGGCUACAGCGCGCGCACAUGCGAAGUGGCACUGGCCCAUGGGCACAAGGACGUCUAUGAGUACCUUCUGUCGCUUGCCUCGUAGAACAAGUAGUCGUAGCUUUUUAUGUUGUACAUGUAGUAUGUUGUUCACUGGGGCGCAUAGCACUAUGUAUUAGUCAAGUUGAUCAUCAUAAAGUCCUUGUU